UUUCAUAGAAACAAAGUUUAUAUUUUAAAGCUAAGAAUUAAAAGGUUUUGAGAUGGAGAAUAACACAAAAACUAUAACUACUACUACUACAGCUAGUACACCCUCAAGCUCAACACUUUCAAGAACUGUUGUUCUAGUUUUGAGGGUGUUAACCUUUGUGUUCCUUCUCAUUGCUCUCAUAGUUAUUGUUUUAACAAAGGAAACUUCAGAGACAAGUGAUGGAGAAUCAGAAAUCAAGUUCAAAGAUAUUCAUGCUUAUAGAUACAUGAUCUCAACAAUAGUAAUUGGAUUUGCAUACAAUCUUCUGCAAAUGGCCCUUUCAAUUUUCACUCUGGUAUCUGGAAGUCGUGUGUUAAAUGGUGAUGGAGGCUAUAUGUUUGACUUUUUUGGUGAUAAGAUUAUGUCAUACUUCCUACUUUCCGGUUCAGCAGCUGGAUUUGGUGCCUCAGAAGAUUUGCAUAGAUUCUUCAAAGCAGCAGAACUUCCCUUAAACUCAUUCUUUGGAAAGGCUAAUGCCUCAGCUAGUCUUCUUCUAUUUGGAUUUAUAACCACAGCCAUAGCAUCAAUUUUCACUUCAUUUGCUUUGCCAAAGAAAGCUUAGCUUCAUGCACAAAAUGCUCUAUAUGUCUCCUAGAUCACUAUUCUCUUUUACCUUCUCUAGUUUGGUUUAGUAUAUUAAGUUUCUUUGUUGUUCAAUCAGUUAUAUAUGUUUUGUAAUAUCUUCCUUCUUUUCAUUUUAAAAUUUAUUGUCUAAGGAUUGUAGUUGUUUUGAUGUUUUUAUAAAUAAAAUGGAUGAAUUCCUCUUUGUUUUGGUUCAA